UUUCCUCACUCAUAUAGCGCAGAGACUAUCACCAAAGGGCGAGUGCUAGAAAACCAGCGAGGAGGACGAUCCUGCCAGUUGUUCCUUGAAGAAGAACAACAAGCAGACGUGAAUUUUUAAUACGAUACAAGCGCUUAAAUAUUUAGGUCCGUGUCUCGAGACUUCAGUCGAGAAAAGACUGAAGGCAAGCGGAGGGAUUUUGGCGCUAGAAUCAGUGAAGCGUCGUUUCAGCACCGUGGACAGCGAUGGCUCCUAUGGCUCCUGAACAAGCGCAGUUCGCGGAGGUUCCCGUGAGUGUGGCUGUUGUCAGCAUCUUUGGCCUGGUCUUCAGCGUCUCCGCCUUUGCCUGGAUUUGCUGCCAACGCAAGACCAACAAGAGCGGCACUAAAACUCCACCAUACAAGUUUGUCCAUAUGCUGAAGGGUGUGGAUAUCUACCCUGAGAGCUUAAAUGGCAAGAAGAAGUUCGCUGGAGAGAAGUCACUGGACCCUGCACAGGGAAAAGCAAGCCCCAGUCCCACCGGGGGGCGCCCCACGCUCCACCUGGACCUGGAGAAGCGAGACCUCAAUGGAAACUUCACCUUCAAGCCACCAGCUGCAGUCCAUCCCAAAGUGCGAAGCUCACCAGACCUAGACAUCCCAUCACCACACCCAGGGUUUGGUUCAGCAGGCAGUCAGGAGGCCACAACUCCAGAGAGCAGCUUGUCUAGUCAGACGCCAACACCAGCAGUGGACAAGCCACAGGACAAAGAAGGUGGCCUAGGUACCCUCUUCUUCUCUCUUGAGUACAACUUUGAAAAGAAGGCCUUCAUGGUGCACAUCAAAGAGGCGCAUGGUCUGUCUGCCACCGAUGAACAAUCCUUGACCUCAGACCCUUACAUUAAGCUGACCCUGCUUCCUGAGAAGAAGCACAAGGUGAAGACAAGGGUUCUGAGGAAGACUCUGGACCCAGCCUUUGACGAGACCUUCAGCUUCUACGGCAUCCCCUACGCCCGCGUAUCCCAGCUGGCUUUGCACUUCAUGGUUCUCAGCUUCGACCGGUUCUCUCGUGACGAGGUCAUCGGGGAAACACUCGUCCCAUUGGCUGAAGUUGAUCUUUCUGAGGGGCGUGUCCUCAUGAGCCGUGACAUCAUCAAGAAGAAUGUUAGGAGGAGUGCAGGGAGGGGAGAGCUGCUUUUGUCCCUGUGUUAUCAAUCCACCACCAGCACCCUGACCGUGGUGGUGCUGAAGGCUCGCCAUCUGCCCAAGACUGACCCCAAUGGCCCAUCAGACCCAUAUGUGAAGGUGAACCUGUACCAGGGGAAGAAGCGAGUGUGCAAGAAGAAGACUCAUGUGAAGAAGUGUGCACCAAACCCAGUCUUUAAUGAGCUUUUCGUCUUUGACGUGCCCUCUGAGGAGGGCCUGCGGGACACCAGCGUGGAGCUGCUGCUGCUGGACUCCGACCGGACAUCGAGGACACCACUCAUUGGCCGCCUGCUGCUCGGCACCUCCUCCCCAGGCACUCCUGGAGAACACUGGCGCGAGAUCUGUGACCACCCACGGCGGCAGAUCGCCAAGUGGCAUGCGCUGUCUGAAGACUAGCUCAAGACUAGCUAGCUGCCAAGACAACCAACAAAAACACCCAGGAACUGUCAAAAUAUGAGGGAAUGGGAGCAGGCGGGGGUUGAGGGAAUUUAGGUUGGACAUUUACGGUAUGUUUGGGAAGUCCCCAUCAACUCGUAAACCCAUGAAUUUCCAAGUUUGCCAUAAGGAAGCUGCACUCUAACAGCUGACAAAGUUGUAGAUUCAAGAAGUAAACUCGGGCAAACACUGUGUUACCCGAGUUUACUGGUGCUUUUGGAGGGUCCUCGAAAACGCAUAACGCUGAGAAAUCAUCACCUCACCAAAUCAUUUACAUUCAGAUGUUCUUCAUUCAUCCUCUUGUGACUGACAAACCAACAGUUGAGCGCAGUUACUGCAACUAUUACAUUUAACAUAUAUUAUGUAUAUCCACUGAGACUGAUCAAUGACAUCACUCACUGCAAAAAGAUAGCUGGAUCUAUGAUGUUCAUGUAGUCAUCAGAGAAUCUGUGCAUUUGCACUGUCUUUGUCAAGUCCUGAAGUCCUGAAAUUAUGGUCCUGAAAUUAUGGUCACCAAAAUGUAACAGUUUAAGUGGUCAUCAGAAACUCAUAAAUUUAUUACAUGAGCAGUUAUUACAAACAACACAAGUUAAGGAUAUCACUUAUAUGUAUGACUUUAGCCAUUUGAGUGCACCACGCUUGUAGUAAUCUCAAAAAUUCAUGGAUUUGUGAAUUUCCGAGGACCAUCUGAAAGCGUCCUAAUGCAAGUGAUGUCAUCUGUCGGUCAUUUAGUCAGGACAGGGGUUUCUUUAGAGGGUGGAAAAGCCAAUCAAUGAUUCCAAAGACAAUCUGUGGACACCCCGUAAUGCUUCUUGUCAUAUUUCACACAACAUCUGAUUGGUCAUCACCCUGUGCAGUGCCGAUUGUCAUAAACGUCUCUAUCGCUGUCCGCGCUACUUAGUAUCAAUAUUGCUCAGUUGUAUGGAGAAAAAAAAUGUGAUAAAAAACAUGAAACAGUUACUAUGAUGCUGUAAAUAUACGUGGAUAAUUCUUUUAUUUUUUAAAGAAGCUAUCUGUUACUCUAUCAGCUGUCUGGAUUGGUUUAUUCUCUUCCUUUUGUACAUGAUUUAUUGAUUUUUGUUUAAUUUGCCUAUGUUUUGUAAGUUAAAGUGGUUGGUCAUAUGUCAUAUUUCAGCCAUGUGGAAACGGCCUAAAUUAGGCAAAAACAAAACCCAAACUGAUGUUUAUGAACAAAGGACUGCAUGAACUGAAAACUGGAUGAGAUGUGUUUAUCUGUCUGUCUGUCUGUGGGGUGGGUGGGUGGUGGUAUGGAUGUGUGUGGGUGUGUAUUCAGUUCUGACUGCAGAGAGAAAGAGAGAAAAAGAGAGUUUACCUCUUUACCGUGAGCACAAUGGCAGAAUGUAAUGUUCAUGUACCUUAAUAUAAAACGUCAAGUUCAGAGAAAAGAA